AUGAACGUGUGUAUAGUGGGAGGAAAUCCCAUCUCUGCCUUUUUGUCUUGGAGACUUCAAGCCACCAACGCUUGCGAUGUCACAUUGGUUUGGAAAUCAGGCUUCGAGCAUGUCGCGCAGUACGGGAUCACAUUCAAGUCGCCGACCUUUGGCAACGAGAGGUUCAAACCACUACACGUCGUUCGGUCUCCCGAAGAAUCGUCGGCCCAGCAGGAGGGCCCUUUCGACUACGUUAUUCUAUGCAUCAAAGCUCUCCCCGAUGUUUACGACCUCGCUUCCGUCAUAGAACCCGUCGUCACACCGCAACAUACGUGCAUACUCAUAAACACGACUCAUGCUCUCGGCAUUGAAUCUGCAGUUGAAGAGCGAUUCCCGACGAACGUUGUACUUUCUCUUGUUUCCAAUGCUGAGCUGUCGCAGCUGGGCCAAAGCGAGUUUGAGCACAAGGGCUCGACAGAGAUCUGGGUUGGCCCAGCGAACGGGAAUGACAACAUCCCACCUACUAUACAGGAAGACAUGGCCCAGGCUCUUGCCAUGACACUCAGCACGGGGCAAGUAGACUGCAAAGUCUCCGGUAACAUCAGGCAACAGCAAUAUGAACGGAUGAUAGGGCCUAUCUCUUUUCAUCCCGCGAGCGUCAUCUUUGAGACGCAUAAUCAUUCACAAUUGCUGGAAAAGCCAGGAGUUAGGGGCUUGGUGCUUGGGUUGAUCGACGAACUGCUGGCCUUGGCCGCAGCGCAUGGCUGCAAACUAGACUCGAACUUCAAGCAGAGGACGGUGGACGAAAUGCUCAGGCCCUCGGCCACAGAAAGUAUCAUGUGGCAGGACUACGUCGCAAAAAGGCCGAUGGAAGUCGAAACGUUUUUGGGAUCGCCGAUCAAACUCGCCCGGAAUGUUGGCGUUGCUGUUCCACGCAUCGAGACGAUGUACGCCAUCCUCCACAAUCUCAACAUCGUCAACCGCCAGAAGCCGCGACUAGAUACAUCGCCCGUCGCUCCCGGCUCACCCACCGCCUCGCCGCUUCCCAGAAUAUCGUCUCAAAAUGGCAUCCGCUCCAUGUCCAAUGGCAUGUCCAACCCCAACGGAAUGCCGCCCCGUGGCCCACGCCCUCGCAAUUCUUCUUCUCUUGGUCCUGGUAUGCGUCGGCCUCCGCCAACAAACGGCGGCCCUCCUAACGGCUACGGUCGCCCACCCGUGAACGGCCCGCCCAAUGGCUACCCCGGACCCGGAUCGCGAGCCGCAUCACGGCGAGGUUCGAUGGAAGCAAACGAUCUGGAGGAAUUCUCCCACCUUGUCCUCUACGAUGACAUACCUGAAGGAGGACAGCCAGCUUAUGGUCAGGAUAGGUUAGAUUCUUCGCUUCAUGAGCGUGGGUAUAACUUGCGGCAGCGCGAGAUGGCUUUAAGAGAACACGAGAUGAGGAUAGGCCAACGACGAGGCCCUCCACCCAAGCGAAGCAACCCAGUGCGUCACAGCGCCCACGCUUUCGACGACGAUGACGAUGAUGACGAAUACUACGAUCCCUUGAACGCCCCUGCCCCACCGCCCUUAGCCGAUCCAGACAACUUCGACAUGAUGAGCGUCACUUCUCGGAAGAAUAGAAAAGUACCUGGUCCCUCGCCAGCCCAGCUUCGCAGGAAUACCGAGCUUGAUGUCGGGCCACCACCGGCGAGGGGCGGCCGAUUUCGCCCCAGCUUUGGUCGCAACCGUUCGAGCCAAAUGAGCAAUAUCCCAAUCAUCAAUGACAACAUACUCGAUGAUCCCUUGAUGUCAUGCUCGUCCAACCGGUAUGGCAACGUCGACCGUACCGCGAUGCAGGCUGGGUCCAGAGCCAAUUCAUUAACCAGUGUUCGGCAUGAGGAACUGCCAUACGGUCCCGGCGGGCCGUCUUCGAUGGGUAUGAACGGAGCGUACCCCCGCCGAACUAGCCAGUCGCCCGGUAAUACAUACAGCCCAUCGCUACGAGGAGGCAGACCUUCCCCGCCCAACGGGUUCUCCGCCCCCCCCAUGGCUGGCGGACCGCACGACGGCGUCAGGCAGCCCGUCCCUCGGUACCCGCCUGGACACGGCAACGCUGUCGCGCCGCAGCAAGUUGAACAGCAUGCUGGGGUGAGCGGCCUUCAUCCUCAUCAAAAGAACGUGCGAAGUCUGACUGGUAGUGCGAGCGCCAGCGCGGGCAGUGGUGAUUCGCAGAUGGAUACAGAGCCUUCGGCACAUAGCAGUCAAAGCAGUCUGGGACCCCGACCACCCAUAGGCGUCCGAUAA